ACCCCCACCACCCCCUCCGGUCCCAGGGGCCCUGCAGCAGCAGCAGCAGCAGCAGCAGCAGCAAGAGCAGGAGGACGUGGAGCAGCUGUUUACUUCGCUGUCAGCUCGGUUGCCUCCUCGACCGUUGCGCACUGCAGCAGCAGCGAGCAGCAGCAGCAGCAACAGCAGCAGCAGCAGCAGCGGAGCUAGCCCGUCUUCGUCUGUUUUCUCAAGCGGCAACUUAGAGCUGGAGGCCAUUCUUGCUGCUGCUGCUGCUGCAGUCCCUCCCCCUGCUGCAGCGUACGUCCUCAGCAGCAGCAGCAGCAACAGCAACAGCAGCAGCAGCAGCAGCAACAGCAGCAGCAGCAGCAUCAGCAGCAAGUGCACACAGUUUCAAGGUGAAGACCCUUUCGCGGGGCUCUCUAAUCUGCUGGGGGCCCUCCCCAGUCGGCGUGGGGAGGGGCCCCCAGGGAGGAACGGCAGCAGCAGCAGCAGCAGCACAAGUGCUGCUGCUGCAUCUGCUGCUGCUGCUCCCCCUGCUUUAGCAGCAGCAGCAGCAGCAGCUGAGGGGUCCGACCCGUUCGCAGGCCUGGCAGUUCUCUCUCAGGGGCCUGUGGGGCGCAGCAGUUUGAGCUGCAGCAGCUGGAAGCAGCUGGAGAGUAAGUGA